CUCUCGGAAGAACAAGACAGCGUGUCUCUGCCCCGCUUGGCAGUUCCUCCUUCAUCGAGUGAGGGUGAUCUAUGACUGUGCUUGCUUUUCCUAACCAAACUCAGGAGAAGAGGUGGACUAAAACCCCUUCAGGACUUCAGGGUAAGGCCAGGCAUCAAGCAGACUCGACCUUGUCAUGUGGACCAGCUGGUGGCUCUGGGCCCUGGUGGCCACGUGUGCUGGGCAGACGUUCCGCGAGCAGGCAGAGACCAUCAUGCGAGCCAUGCCUGUCAUCGACGGGCACAACGACCUGCCCUGGCAGCUGCUGACCAAGUUCAACAACCAGCUGCAGGAGAAGAGGGCCAACCUGAGCACUCUGGCGGGCACGCACACCAACAUCCCCAAGCUGAGGGCUGGCUUUGUGGGCGGCCAGUUCUGGUCUGCGUACGUGCCCUGUGACACCCAGGACAAAGACGCCGUGAAGAGGACGCUGGAGCAGAUCGAUGUCAUCCACCGCAUGUGCCAGGCGUACCCUGAGACCUUCAUGUGUGUCACCAGCAGUGAAGGCAUCGAGCAGGCCUUCCGGGAGGGUAAGGUGGCCAGCCUGGUGGGCGUGGAGGGCGGCCACUCCAUCGACAGCAGCCUGGGCGUCCUGCGGGCGCUGUACCAGCUGGGGAUGCGCUACCUGACCCUCACCCACAGCUGCAACACACCCUGGGCUGACAACUGGCUGGUGGACACAGGGCACGACGAGGCUGAGAGCCAGGGGCUGUCAGAGUUUGGGAAGAAAGUGGUGAGGGAGAUGAACCGCCUGGGCAUCAUGAUCGACCUGGCCCACACGUCAGUGGCCACCAUGAGGGCCGCCCUGGAGCUGUCCUCAGCGCCCGUCAUCUUCAGCCACUCAUCUGCCUACCAGCUGUGCCCGCACAAGCGCAACGUGCCCAACGAUGUGCUCCAGCUAGUGAAAGACACGGGCAGCCUGGUGAUGGUGAACUUCUACACUGACUAUGUGAGCUGCUCAUCACAGGCCAAACUGACUGAGGUGGCCGACCACCUGGACCACAUCAGGAAGGUGGCCGGGGCCCAAGCCGUGGGCUUCGGUGGGGACUAUGACGGUGUGAGCAGGCUACCCGCAGGGCUGGAAGAUGUCUCCAAGUACCCAGACCUCGUGGCCGAGCUGCUGCAGAGGGGCUGGACAGAGGAGGAGGUCAAGGGUGCACUGGCGAAAAACCUGCUGAGGGUCUUCAAGGCGGUGGAGAAGGUAAGCAACCUCACGGCCACCCCCGAGGAGGAGCCCAUUGCUCUGAACAAGCUGAAGGGCUCCUGCAGGACGCAGUAUGGUUACUCAGCGGCCCCCAGCCUCUCCCACAGCCCAGGCGCCCUCCUGGCCUCCCUGGCUCCCUUGCUCCUUGGCCUGCAUCUUAUGUGAUGCCCAGAUGCCAGCACCCACCAGGACUCAAGGAGUGCAGAGAGGGAUCUGCCGGGCCAGGAGCCAAGACCCUGGGAGCCUGCACCCUGGUACAGCUGCAGCUCCCGAGGAGGGGCCUGGAGCCUGGACACACAGCAGAGCCCAAUAAAGCCUUGGUCCCUUUCCU